UUCUAUAGUCUUUUAUCCGUUUGAUUUAACGCCACAGAGCCUGUUUCUGUUUCUUCUACUUUGCACGGAAAAUGAAUCCUAUUGGUCGCCUUGCCGCCCACCGCCCUACGACAAUGCCUUCACCGCCCCACUAUCGAUCACUGGCCUCGUAUAUCUUCCCUGGGAUGCAUUCGCCUCUUCUACCAGCUUCAUCUACAUCGAAAUUCCUCAGCUCCCUUCGGCAAAGGCUAGGUGACUCUUGUACUGAUCUUGGUCUUUCUUGAUCUCUUCAAGGCACAAUUUAACUUCCUUGGUAUGUUCACACACUUUAAAAUUACGCUUGUAUUAAUUUUUGUUCUUUUAAAAAAAGGUGCUUUCUAAGUACUUCACCCUUCUUGGAAUUAAGUCAAAGCCUUGGUAUAAUACUCUCUAAAAUUUUCGUUCUUCGAAUGUUUAAUAUGCAAUGCAUGCCCUGUAAUUGCUUCAAAGGUAUUUUAAGUUUACAUACGUUUAAGAAAUAUUUAAAUUUUUAUAAUGGAAUGUUUUUAACCCUACUUCAAAGGUAUUUUAAGUUUACUACUUUAAUUUCCAAACAUGCAACCCUUUGAUUAGUCAUAGGUUUACUUGUAACUCCUCAAAGAUUCAAUGGAAACUGGGACGUCAUCAACUCAACCAACAUUUGAUAGAGAUCGGAGUGAACAAAGAAACUUUAGGCGCCGUCUUAGAUACCAACAAUGGAUGCAAACCAAUAUAUUACGGACGUCACUCCCACUUCUAAAUCAUGGGGUUGCAAGGUCAUAGUGACAGAGAAGCUUAACGAGCGUCAAUCAGCAAGGGGAGUAACAUACAGGGCCAUGAUCCUGGAGGACAGUCAAGGCCAUAAGGUGAAAGUAAUGACCUACGGACAGGAUAUCAUCAUUCUUGACAAGCGGCUUGAAGUGAACAACACAUACAAGAUUUUCAACGCAAAAGUUUCCGAAGCCACUCAAGGGUUUGGUGUUCCCGAUGAAAGUUACAGACAUAUCUGGACACUUAAUCGGAGGACAAUGAUUCACGAUGUCAGCUCAAAAGAGAAAAUCUUAAUUCAACCAAGUGCAGAACCUGAGAUUGAUCCAUUCUCUCUGUUCUACAAAGCGAUGCUUACAAAUAAAAAGAUCAAUGUACUUGCAGUUGUCAUUGCCAAACUACAGCGCAACUUCGACUACACAAAAAAGGGCCAAAAAACGGCAAGUGACUUCAUAAUCAUCGACCAUGAAAGUCCAAGGGCGCGAAAUUCAGCAGACACUGCAAUCAGGCAUUUAUCCCACAAUAAUUGUAAGGAGGAUAGCAUCAACAUCUUUCAAAGUCAUAUCACUUACAAUCUUACAUCAAGUUUGGAUGAAUGGAAGUCUUCAAAUACAUCUGUCAUAGAGCACGCCAUUGAGACGAAAAAAUGGCUGGACCCCUUAUCUCUGUUUGCAAAGCCUGAAGAUAUUCAAACAACACCAAUCUCUGAAGUGGCACGAACAACAAAUGAGGGAGACAUCCACUGGGUUGAAGGACAGUUGCAGGUCUUAGAAACUGGAGACAUUACAUUCUACAUUGGUUGCAGCAGUUGCAACAGAAAAUUGGACUACAUAGAAGGAAUCAAUUUCAAAUGCAUGUUGUGUGGUGACCCUGAAGCAAAAACCAUAAAGAGAUUCAGAAUUCUGUCCGAAAUAAAAGAUGAAAUUAGUGCUCUACAAGUAACACUUUUCACCGACACACUUGAAAAGAUUGUACGAGCACUUGAAUUGAAUACACCAAUGGAGUUGCUAAAAUGCGGGGAUUUGAACAACAGUCUUGCAUCUCAGAAGGCUAAUCCAGAAAUAGCCAAAUUUCGAGCUAAAGGCAUUGAUCCUGAGUUGGAAGACAAGUUGGGAUUUUUAUUUGAUGGUACUGUUGCGAAAGGAGAUGAUAUGUGGUCUCCCUCGGCUAGUUGUCCUCCACGACGAUUCUUCGAAGCUUCAUCAAGUUCUCAAAUUCUCUGUGAGGAUAUUGAUAUUCAUACUACACCUUUGGAGGAGUUUGGUGUUGAUUUAGGCAUCCCCGAUCUAAAUGAUGACCAUGAAAAUGAAGGCACUAAAGAGAGCUAUACAAGUGUUGAGAUCAUUGAGAACCCCAUAAAAAAACGACAGAUCAGCUCAUCAUCUACACAAAAGAAAAAGUUAUGCAAGAAAAAGUUUGGAGGAGCUUCUAUGUUGUCAACAAAAAUAGAUGAAAUUAAGGGAGAAUUUGACAAACAUAGAGAAACUAUCAUGUCAAGAGUGAACAAGUUGCCUCCUACUAUUUCAGAAGCAGUUGAGGUGCUAAUGGCCAUGAAGGAUGAUAUUCCACCUUGUAGCACCUUGGACAAGGACGAAGAGAAAGGGACGGACAGGGAGCAAGAGAUGGACGGACAGGCUUGUCCUCUAGUGGGCGGCCUCAAGCUGAGAUACAUCCCCCAUAAGGAGGGAGCAAGAGAUGGACAGACAGGCUUGUCCUCCAGUAAACGGCCUCAAGCUGAGAUACAUCCCCCCAGAAGGAGUAAGGUUGGCACGAAUAUUCCCCCAAUCACUGCCAUUAUUGAAGAGGAUAAUGGAUGGGGAGUGCCUAUAAAAGAGAAAGAGACUAGAGGAGAAAGGAUAUCUUGGGCCGCCAUCCCCCGUCGGUCCGCCUUUUUCAUCAAGAGAAGGUUUCCAACUGUUACCAUGGGCAAAAAUCGGUCCAAGAGGAACAAAAUUGCUGCUAAGGCGCGAACCAACUUGGAAGGGAAAGAGAAGCUUUCAUCUGAUGAUCUCAGACACCAAAUAACUCUCUCCCAAUCAAGGCGUGAAACACAAGACAAAUCUUGUGAACGCAGUUUCCACUCUAAAGCCCCUAAGAGUUCUCAUCCAAAGGAUUCUCAGGCAGAAAUAGAGAAAUUCGACGCCAACUCCCCCAUCGUCCGAAAAUUAAUCGGAUGGCUCAACAAGGAAGGAGAGGCCCGGUCCCAAGGGACCGGGAGAGAGACGGGCCAAGGAGAGGACGAGGAGGUGGAAAGUCAAGGGCGCAUACCAGUGCACAAGAGGAUGCGCAAAAAUGCGUCCCAAAGGCUGGGACCCAGAACUGAGGAAUCUGGAGAAAAUUCUGGGGGGCCCAGCAACGAAGAUGCCAGAGACAUCCUCAAAUUGAGAAAAGAAAUGGAGGAACUAAAGAGGCAGGUUGACAAGGAUGGGUCUUUUGGACCCACAGUGGAAAUAAUUUCUCCCUUCACUACCAGGGUGAUGAAAGCCCAACUGCCUAGAGGUCUGAAAGCUCCUGAAAUCCGCUAUAAAGGAGUCACCGAUCCUAAUGACCACCUGGCUGCAUACCAAACUCACAUGUUGAUGCACGCCGUGGAGGACGAGAUCCAGUGUCGCCUCUUCGUAGGAACCCUGGAAGGGCCGGCGGUAAAAUGGUUCCUUACCCUUCCUAAUGGGACCAUUGAUUGCUUCAAAGAUCUUGCUCAACUUUUCCUCAACGCUUAUGGGGGAAGAUUCCAGCCAAAUAAACACUUCACCCAUCUUUUCUCCCUAAAGCAAAAGGAGGGAGAAACCAACAGUGAAUUGGUACAAAGAUGGAAUGAGGCGAUCAAUGAGGUGGAGCCUAUGGACGACAAGACCUCCAUCGCGCUGUUCAUGAAUGUUCUCAGGUCGGGGGAAUUAUUCAGGAAGUUAGAUUAUGACACCCCUACUUCUUACAAGGCUAUGAUGGCUAGGGUUAACAAGUUCUGCGCCACGGAAGAGUCGGAUCGUCUGAAAGGAAAGAGUGAGGGAGCCUGGCAUAAAGGCCCGGACAAAGAAAAGAAAGGAGAAAAGACCAAGGCGGCCACUCUCUCCAUCCCUACCCUCAAGUCACUGGCCGCACCAGUGGCAGAAAUUAAGAGCAAGGAGGAAGGUGGGCAGAAGAGGAAACGUGGAGACCAAAAGAGAAGGCAGUGGCCCUAUGACCCAGAAAAGUAUUGCAACUUCCAUAGAAGGCCUGGGCACGCCACUGAAGAAUGCCAUUUCCUCAAAAAGAUGGAAGGAGAGAUGAAGGACAAGGAACCGAAUGCCAAUCAGGAGCCGAACCAAGGAGGUAAUGUUUGGCGUAGGGACGCCCAACCUCAACAACAAGUCCAGGAGAACCCGGAAGAAUUUCCCCAAGUAGGAGUCAUCUUUGGUGGUCCAGAAACAGGAGUCACAAGCAAGGAGAGGAAGGAAUGGGCUCGCAAGCUGUAUGUGGGGUCCAUUGACGUGGGCCAAGCGGCCAAGAAAGGAAGGAGGGAGCCCAUUGUCUUCUCGGACGAAGAUUUACCACUUAUUCUUAGUCCUCAUCGGAUCCCCCUGGUAAUUUCUAUGGCUAUUCACAAAUUUUUUGUCAGAAGAAUAUUGGUGGACACUGGAAGCAGUGUCAAUGUGCUGUACUGGGAAGCCGCCCAACAAUUGGGAAUCAGGAAGGAAGAUCUCACUAAGCUUAACAUGCCCUUGUCCGGCUUCACUGGAGAUAUAAUUGAACCAGUGGUCGACAUCAAAUGCGCUCACAAUGCCAUCUUGGGGAGGCCUGGGCUAGAGGACUUGGGAGGUGCACUAUCCCUUGAGCACCUAUGCCUUAAGUUCAGGACUCCCGAAGGUGUUGGGAGGGUCCUUGGUGAUCAGCCCGCGGCCAAGAAGGCCUAUCUAAGCGCCUGUAAGAAGAUAGACAAAGAGAACCUCAACAUCCAAACCAUCGGGCAUGUUUUGGAGGAUAAAGAAAGGAAGGAGGAAGACCGGGAGAGGCCUAAGCCGGCUGUGGAAAUGGAGGAAGUGGUGCUAUUCCCGGAAGGGGAUCAAGAAAAGGUUGUGAGGAUCGGUUUAGGGCUAGAGGAGGAUACCCGUGAAGAGAUAAUCCGAGUAUUAAGAGAAAACUCGGUCCUCUUUGCAUGGGAAUCCAAGGAUAUGCCUGGAGUCGAUCCCUCAGUCAUUUGCCAUAAGUUAAACACCAAGAUGGACUCCCUCCCGGUCAAGCAGAAGAAAAGAUAUCUGUCCACGGACAGAAAAGAAUUUGUGAGGAGGGAGAGGUUAACUCCCUAUUUCCAAGCUCACCCAGUGAGAAUCAUGACGGACCAGCCUUUGGGAGCAGUGUUGAGGGACCCAUCUUCUUCAGGAAGGGUCAUUAAGUGGGCCAUGGUCCUCUCUCAAUAUGAUAUUUCUUACCAGCCCCGUUCUAGCAAGAAAGGCCAAGUCAUUGCAGAUUUUAUGGUAGAGUGCACAGCAAGAGGGAAGCCAGAAGAGGAUGGGACCGGUCAGGAGAGAAAAAGGGAAUUAUGGGAGGUUCAUUCAGAUGGAUCCUGCACUAAAGACGGCUCAGGAGGAGGAGCGGUCCUCACCUCCCCUGAAGGUUUCAAGGCUUAUCAUUCCUUUAAGUUCACAUUUCGGGCCACCAACAACGAAGCGGAAUAUGAGGCCCUCAUUGGAGGAAUCCAGAUUGCCCUAUUCAUGAAGAUAUUCGUGUAGGCGGAAUUUAGGCUAAGUUUUAACCGGUAGCCCGUCGAUUUUCCUCUCUACCUCCGGUUCCUUCCUUCCAACUUUUCUAUGUCCCUGACGCGGUCCUGAGAUGAACCUGUUAAACUCAGGAUACUUGAGUAUAUACAAGCAAGGGAGGAGAAUGAAGAGGCGGAUAUGCU